AUGCUGCAGUUUGCCAACAAAGUUGCUUCCAGCUGCAUCCGCAGGUUCAGCAGCGAGGCAGCAAAUCGGCCGCUGCUGCUGCGGCUGCCGCCUUCUUCUCCGCUGGGCUUCAGGGCCCCCUUGCUGGGGCCGCUGCUGCAGCCGCGGCUGGGGCCCCCAGCAGCAGCAGCAGCAGCAGCAGCAGCAGCAGCAGCGGGAGCCUACCACGCGAAGGUGCUGCAAACUGCUGCUUCCAUGCUCUGGUUUGCUCUUCCCGAAGACGGCAGGGCGUCGCUCGCCAGCUGGCAGCAGCAGCAGCAGCAGCGGCAGCAGCAGCAGCAGCAGCAGCAGCAGCAGCAGCAGGUUUUGGAGACGUUUUCUCAGGUCACUCAGAGGCUGCAGCAGCACGAAGGAGACACGCAGCUUGUCUCCUUGCUGCAGCGGGAGGGAGAAGAAGAGAUGCGGCCGCUUGUUGCUGAAGCAGCAGUGCGGUGGGUUGCUGCAGCGCCUGCUGCUGCUGCUGCUGCUGCUGCUGCUGCACCAAGCGAGCAGCAGCAGGAAGGCAGCGUCUUAAGGGCUAUUGACUCUGUCUUUGAAGUUAGGCGCUACCCAGCGGAGCAGCCGCAGCAGUGUGUCUGCAAGUGCAGCAGCAGCAGCAGCAGCAGCAGCAGCAGCAGCAGCAGCAGCGCUUGCUGCAGCAGCAGCAGCAGCAGCAGCCAGAAUCCCAGCCACUGCAGCGCAUGCGCUGCACUUCAAAAGUAUAUCGAAAUGUGCAUGGCCUUGAGUGACCCCUGGACUCCUUGCAGCAGCAGCAGCAGCAGCAGCAGCAGCAGCAGCAGCAGUACCACCAGCAGCAGCAGCAACAGCGGCAGUACUCACGGAUUGGACUACUCGUAUUCAGAGUUGCCGAAGCGGGAAAACAAACAGAAGGCCACAAAGCAACAGCAGCAGCAGCAACAGCAGCAGCAACAGCAGCAGCAGCAGCAACAGCGCCAGCGACAGAAGCGGCAACCGCAGCAAAAAGCGGCGAAGUCACAAAAAGCAGCAGCAGCAGCAGCAGCAGCAGAAAGCGCGCCAGCAGCACCCUCAAGGUCACCAGCAGAAGCAGCAGCAGCAUCUGCAGCAACAGCAGCAGCAGCAGAGGCCCCUGCCGCACCCUCAGCAUCAUCAUCAGCAAGGGCAGCAGCCCCAGAAGCAGCAACAGCAACAGCAGCAGCAGCAGCAGCCCCAGCAGCCGCAGCAGCAGCAGCAGCACCUGAAACAGCAGCAGCCCCAGCAGCCGCAGCAGCCGUAGCAGCAGCCCCAGCAGCAGCAGCCGCCGAAGCAGCAGCGGCCCCAGCCGCCGCAGCAGCCCCAGCAGCAGCCCCUGCAGCAGCAGCAGCAGCAGCAGCAGCAGCAGCGCCAGCAGCAGCAGCAGCAAGGGGCCUGGCGGGGCUGCAGAUCCCGCGUUCGCUGCGGCGGUCUGUGGGGCAGGCGCUGCAUGCAUUCAAAAUGCUGCAGCAAGGAGAUAGGGUUUUGGUGGGGCUUUCUGGAGGCAAAGACAGCCUCACGCUGCUGCUGCUGCUGCUGGAGCUGCAGCAAAGGGCCCCCAUAAGCUUCCACGUUGCUGCUGCUACUGUGGACCCCCUCACUGCCAGCUUCAACCCCGCGCCCCUGGGGCCCUACCUCCGCAGCCUCGGGGUUGAGUGGUAUCGGCUGCAGCUGCCCAUUAUGGAGCUGGCCAAGCGCUGCAUGAAGAGACAGUCCAUUUGCGCCUUCUGCUCCCGACUGCGCAGGGGGCUGCUGUACUCCUGCAUGCGCAAGCACGGGUAUAACGUGCUGGCCCUGGGGCAGCACUUAGAUGACCUCGCAGAGUCUUUCGUAAUGUCUGUCUUCAACAAUGGCAAACUAAACACCAUGAAGAGACACCGCGUGAAGCUUCUGCUGAGCGAACAGGAAAAGGAAAUCCCAAACCUCUUCAGCAACAUCCAAAAAGCUCUGCUGCCUUUAAUGGCCGUCGACCCAAUUGCCCGUGGAAUUUCAACCAGCGACCAGCAGCAGCAGCAGCAGCAGCAGCAGCAGCAGCAGCAGCAGCAGCAGCAGGGUGAAGGCGACGAUGAUGAGUCCUUACCCCCCGAGGUUGCAGCUCUGCUGCAGGAAGUUCCCCGUCGCUUCUCUGCUGCGGAUGCUGCUAAUGCUGCUGCUGCUGCUGCUGCUGCUGCUGAGGAGGAAGAUGAGGAAGCAAUGCUUGCACUGACAGCCUGCGGAGUUGAGGGCUGCCCCAGGGCUUAG